CAAAAUUCCCUCGCAUCGCUGUGAACUUUCUAGAGCCAACCCCCUCUCUCUCUUUCUUUCUCUCAGCUGAAGCAGCAAGUGCCCGUCAAUGGCGGCCGCCGCCGUCUCUCGCUCUCUUGCCUCCUCCUUCACUCUCUCUUUCCACAAGCAUCUCUCACGUUUCUCUCGUCUCAUGAACUCACCCCAUCCCAAUCUUUGCCCUUCCACAACCAUCACCAGAACGGCCGUGCUCACACCUUCGGCUGCCACCAUCCAUCCCAGGCACACGAGCUCGGCUCCCUCGCGGCCGUUCGCCACCAGCUCCGACGACGCCCACAAGCCCCGCGCCCUCAGAAACCCCAAGCUAGUCAACUUCUCUCUCUCCGACUCCGAAGGCGAAGAAGCCGAGGGCAACGGCGACGGCGGCGGCGACGCCACCACUUCGACCCCCGACGGCAAUGCGAACCUCCCGCCGCCCUACGACCCGUUCAGCAAGAAGCCGGUGGUGGAAGAGCCCGAGGAUCCCAAGAACUUGCAGGAGAUCUUCCACAAGAUGCGGGCCGAGGGACUCACCGACUAUGCGGUCAAGAUGUUCGACGCUUUGUCCAAGGACGGUCGCACCCACGAGGCGCUCGAGCUCUUCGGCCAGAUCAAGGACAAGGGCCACAUGCCCGACGUCGUCGCCCACACCGCCGUCAUUGAGGCAUACUGCAAUGCAGGUGGACAGAGCAAAGAGGCGCUCAAGGUAUUCAUGCGGAUGCUGGCUUCUGGGGUCGCGCCCAAUGCGUACACCUACGCGGUCCUCGUGAAGGGACUCGCGGGCGACGGGAGGUUGGCGGAUGCGAAGAAGUAUGUCAUGGAGAUGAUGAGCAAAGGGAUGAUGCCCGCCGCUGCAACUUACGCUGCGGUGUUCGAGGCAUUUGCAAAGGACCAGAAAGAGGAAGAAGCGAGGGAGCUUCUGGAGGCGAUGAAGGGUAAAGGGUUUGUCCCUGAUGAGAUGGGUGUUGGAGAAGUGAUUGCUAGCAAAAGAGGUCCUGUUUUCAAGAGUGUCAUGAGCAUUCUCUUUGGGAAGUAGAGACAGUGCUUGUGUGCUGAUGAGAAUGACAAAAAUUUUGGACUUUCUGAGUUUUGGGUGGGGAUUCUUGGCAUGUUUGCAUGCCACUCCUGUAAUGUAUCUUUGUCGUCCAUGGAUGAAGAAAAGCCGCCCCCAUUGAAGGUUAACCUCCUUGAAGUUCUUGCUGGUCAAGGGCUUGUUUAGUGGUUUCCUUGCAUAUUCCUAGGUAAUAGGUAGACCAUGAACCACUAGUCCAGCGCUUGUGUGGUGCCCGGGUGUGAUCCCGGGCCUCGGCCCCGUCCCUGUCCUCGAUUCCCUUGCCGUCGGGCCGGAUGCUUGGCAGUAAAUUUUGUCGAUGGAAUCAAAGGAUGAUAGAGACGCGAUUGCUAGCAAAAGAGGUCCUGUUUUCAGGAGUGUCAAGAGCUUGGGGAAGUAGAGAUUGGGCUUGUGUGCUGAUGAGAAAGAAAAAAUUUGGACUUUCUGAGUUUUU